AUGACGGAUCAGGACUCAAAAUACGAAGAUGUGGAAAUCCAACGAAAUCCGCACAUUGAACCAAGAACAAAGAUGAUUCCCGUAGAGUUUACAAAGGUGCAGACAUCAAGUUUGCUGAAGAUGUGCAAAGAGCACAAUGCCACUGUUCAGGGGGCUGUCCAGACAGCAGCUGGUGUUGCCAUGGUUACCAUGCUGGAGGCGGACGAGUUCGAAGUAGAAUCCACUGUCACAGUCAAUAUCAGACCCUUCCUGAAGUCCAAAGUACCCGACCACUAUGCCGGAGCAUAUUUUUCAUUACUGCAAUGUAAAAACCUGAUUGUGUCGUCGCCUGGUGCUAACAAGUUCUGGAAUAUGGCCAGACAAGCUUCGAGUGACCUUCACGCAAGGUUAAACAAAAAUGAACACUUUCAAUUGUUGACGAAAAUGAAAGCUAUUUUGCUAAUGAUGACUCGAAUGACGAAUGGAGCUCCCAAGGUUGAUCGAUCCGGUGGGCGCAAUGAGCAGCUGCUAGUCUUCAGUAACCUUGGUUAUGCCAACUAUCUAGAUGGAUCUCCUGAUGAUGAAGUCAUCCUCCGUGCCGUGUUCGGCUGUUCUGCAGUGCACCAGCGUGGAUCCGUCUUUAACCAUAACAUAGGAACAUUCAAUGGCAAAUUGUUUUGGACUGUCGUUUAUUACAGCAACGUUGUGAGUGAUGCCACAGCCCAGACGUAUGCUAAUUUGGUCAAAGGAACUAUUCUAAAGGCCAUCGAGGAAUUCAAGGACUAGAUAUCAUAUCAUGAUUUUUUAACUUAGGGAUUCUAGAACUUUCAGAAACUUUCAGUUGCAGGACGUUCAUUCGUCUACAACAUUCUGAUGUCACAACUGUUCUUCGAUAGUCAUUGACGUUACCGUAGCAACCAUGUUUUGGUAUGUAGGCUCAUCCAAAUUUUGGAUUUUCAGAGAUAAUUCUUAAAUUUCUUCUUAU